ACUAGGCCACAAAUUGUACACAUCAUCACCAAAUACACCACACACAAAUUUCAUUUAAAAAUAAAGAGGGAAAAGAGCCAAAAUUUGACAUUCUUUCCCCCCAAUUUUUCCCCUAAGUACACCCUCUUCAAUGCCCAUAUAAAUAAGUUGUGUGCAUUGAAGAGGGGUAUUUAAUUCUAACCCAAAAUGGAUUACAUAUCUUCAAAUCCAUCUUCAUCCACACUUCAUGUAUUUGAUCUCAAUCUGCCCCCGGCUGCCCAUGAGUUCGAUCUCAACGAAGAUCCGACGCCGGCUUCACGUGGAGACGAUCCAUCUUUUGACGCCGAUGUUCCCACCCUUAGCAUUCGGGCUACUGCGUCAUUCAGUGAUAUGGGACGUUUAGCCGAGGUUGUUUCCCCACGGACACCUCGGACAAACACAUCGACUUCUCGUGGAGUGCAUACCGGGCAGCCCGAAGAACCUGUGCACGAAAACGAAGAGGAACAGCAGGAGAACAACACGACGCACAGACUAUCUGAUACUCAAAAGAAACGCAUAGUUGAAAUGCUAAUGGGAAAAGCCAAAGAAGACUGUAAACUUCAGCGGGGGGUCAUUAAAGAAGUAGCAGCGAAGUUCAACACUAACAGAUGGGCCGUUCACACCUUAUGGACCAAAGCAAAACAACAAUUUAAUGCAGGCUUACCCAUUAAUGUGGCACCACAAAUGAGGGGGCGUGUGGGCAAAAAAAGAGUCACGUGUGACUUAGGAAAACUGGUUGAAGUUCAUUUUCAUAAAAGGAAAAACAUUCGUGCAGUUGCAUACCAACUAAAUGUAUCAAAAAGCACAGUGCACAGGCUACUCAAAGAAAAGCAGAUUCGACGUCACACGAAUGCAAUCAAGCCUUCGCUGACAGACAGUGGUAAGGAAGGAGCAAAGAGGAGUAGUAAAAACAGGCCUGCAGGUACUUUAGAAACAAAGCCCAUUCCAAUUGUUAACAGAGAUGUGAUGAAGCAAAUGAUGCUGAAUCAGGUCAUACCUGCCUUUAAGGCCAAAUGGCCUAAGACAAGGGCAAAGAUUGUCAUCAUACAACAAGAUAAUGCCAAACCUCAUGUACACCCUGAUGAUCCAGACAGAGUCCUUAGCUGUCAAAAAGAUGGGUGGAACAUUUCUAUAAAGUGCCAACCUCCUAACAGCCCUGAUCUGAAUGUACUAGACUUGGGAUUCUUUGCAUCCAUAGACAGUCUCAAAAACCAAAAAGCCCCAAGGAACAUAAAUGAACUGAUCAAUGCAGUGCAGAGUGCAUUUGAGGAGUUAACCCCUCAAAAAUUGAAUAAGGUCUUCUUGACCUUACAAUGUGUGAUGGAACAGAUUCUAGCGCAAAAAGGAGGAAACAACUAAUAUUCAAGUCAGUAUGGAAGUGGUGGAGGCAGCCAAGAAGUUCUUAGCAGAACAGGGGCCUAGUAACAAUUGACUUAGAAAUACAAUCUAAGUUCUUUGUUUUAAUUUUUUGCUUUUUGGAGGGACUUGUACUAAUAUUUGGAGUGGGGGUAGUUCAAGCUGACUUGUAUUUAGUACAAAGGGUACUUUUUUGAUUUUUGUAGGGGACAAGUUUUGUAAGUGCUCCUGAAUUAUGUAUUCAAUGAAUGUAUAAGUAUAUU